AUGUCACCCCUCAUAACAACAGAAGCCCAAGCCAGCGACCUCAUCGUCCAAAUGCAAACCACCAUCGACAAAACCAAAACCGAACCCACCCUCAACACCGAGACCACCGGCUACGAACGCCUAAACAUCGUCCUCGAAGACACUGCAAAGCGAUGCAAAGAUCUCAACAAGACGGAAGUGGAAGAUACGUGCCAUUGGCUGUUGAAAGAGUUCGAUAAUCAUAACACGCUCAAGGUGGAUGCUGUGGAUAGGGUGAUGUUGGGACUUCUGGUUCAGGUCUGUGAGGAGAAGCUACCGGAUGAAAGUUGUAUGGUUUUGAAGAAGCGGUUGGUGGAGUUUUGUGGGCAGGUCAGAGCUGCUUCGAAUUCGGAUCAGAGCGAGGAGGGACUGGAAAACGCGAAAAAAACACAUUUUGAUUAG